UGGAUGGUGCGUCAAGUAAAUAUUAUGAAAGCACAGCUAAGACAAUUACAGGAAAGUGUGGAUGCCAUAAUGAACACUUCUAGUGGAAAACAAGACCGUCCGGUGCAAAAUACUUUUCCUGCAGAUUUAUUACCAAUGGACGACAAUUCCGAUCUGGAAAAGCUUGAGGACUUUAUCAAGGAUUCCAAGGCUACAUUGAUUGUAGAACUUCAAAGAGGCAUAAGUGGGACUAAGAAAUUAUCAAACGUUACGCAGCGGAUCCUAAAGAAAUUGUUGACAGAUAAGCUUGCAUCUUCGUACAAUUGGAUUGGCUCGAGAGGAGGAAAGUUGCCCUUUUCUAAAUCUUUUAUGAAACAAAUUAUUUUUGUUAAGAGAGCCUUAGUUUUCAUUGGUUGAAUCUCAUAAGUUUCGUAAUUCAUAAAAAUACAAUUGAAAUUCGUCGACACUCAUUAUUUUUUCGACAUUUGGUUUCUAGAAGCAAUUCACGGAAAGUUGGAAAACGCUGAUGAUGACGAAAUUGCAGACAUAAUUAAAAACUGGCUAAAGAGCUCCAGCACA